AUGGCUGAUGGUUAUUCAGGCAUUGCAGUAUCUACUGCAGCAGGCAUGAGCAGUUCCUGUGUGACAUUGGCCGAGGUCCUGUGGGCAAGAGGAAGCCCUCUGGAGGAAGAAGAAAUAUGGGCACUCCUGUACCUGUCCACAAUGCAGCUUCUGGAGGAUCUUCACAAAGGUGAGAUGCUGGUAUAUUCCUUAGGAAUGACCCUCUAUUGGUCAGCAGAUUACCAGGUUCCUCCAAACCAGUCCCUCCAGCUGAGUGACCAACUACAUACACUCUUGCUGACACUCUGUGAAGAUCUGCCACAUAGAAGACUUUCUCCUGAAUCCAUUCUGGAAGCAUGUGAAGCACAUCAGAAGGAAUCUGCUUCCUUACCACCAAAAUUCUGCAUAAAGAAAAUGGUUCAGUUUGCAGUGGUAAGUGUCAGCGAGGUAGAGCAGGUGGUCACUGAAGACAGCACAGCCUCUCAGCUGAACAGAAGUCAUGUGAUAAGGAAAAGACUGCAUGAAAAAAUAUCGGACACCUCAGCGCUGUCAUCCCAGAUGAAUUUUCACCAAGGAAGAGCUCCAGAGACACACAGAUCAUGUGACACCACACUCAGUGGGUCAAGGACACAAAGUAGCUACAAGCUCUUCAUAAACAGGUCGGUGAGCGCUGUAGAAGAAAUCCCGGGUGGAACACAGAAGAACAGCCGACAGAACCUACUAAGCUUGGGCUCCACCUUCUCUGUGUCUACAAAGGACUACUCAGCAGCUUCUGCAUCACAGAAAUGUUUGUUCCACAGGAAAGAAAAGUUUUCAGGUCCAGAGUUUGUUAUUUUGUCUAGUGAACCACCAGUGACCUUACAGCUGCCUGGAUCAAUUGUGACUAAAAAAGGGAAAUCCUAUUUGUCCCAAAGGGAUCUUAAUGUAAUUCUACUCAAUGGCCAGUGCCUUGAGGUGCAAUGUGACAUCAAGACCAAGGCAAGAGAUGUUUUCAACACUGUGGUGGCAUAUGCAAACUUGGUGGAACAUUUCUACUUUGGCUUGGCUUACCUGAAAGGUAAAGAAUUCUUCUUUUUGGAUGAGGAGACCAAACUCUACAAAGUUGCCCCAGAUGGCUGGAAUGACCAACCCAAGAAGAAAAUGUCCAUUAUUAAUUUCACACUCUUUCUAAGGAUAAAAUUCUUUGUCAACCACUUUAAUGUUAUUCAGCACGGCUUGACAAGGCAUCAGUUUUACCUGCAGCUUCGUAAAGAUAUUUUGGAGGAGCGAUUAUAUUGCAGUGAUGAGACUGCCCUGAAACUCGGCGCUUUGGCUUUGCAGGCAGAGCUUGGCAAUUAUGCUUCUGAGAUGCAUGGAAAGAGCUAUUUUCGUGUUGAAGACUACAUUCCAGCAAGUCGAAUAGAGAAAAUGACCCUGGCAUAUGUACAGCGAGAGCUUGCUAAAUUACAUCGUAUGAAUCGCUCCCUAUUUGAGGAUGAAGCUGAACUAGAAUUUUUAAAGGUGACUCAGCAACUUCCUGAAUAUGGAGUGUUAUUCUAUCGUGUAUCCCAAGAGAAGAAAGGGACAGAAGGGGACAUUAUCCUUGGAAUCUGUGCCAAAGGCAUCAUCGUCUAUGAGAACAAAAAUCACACAAGAAUUGCCAGUUUAAGAUUCCAGUGGCGUGAAACAGAAAGAAUUUCAGCUCAUAGAAAAAAAUUCAUGAUUGAAAGCAGUUUCAGUGGCAAGAAACACACCUUCAUUACUGAUACAGCGAAGACAUGUAAAUACCUACUGGACCUCUGCUCUGCCCAGCACAAAUUCAAUGCACAGAUGAAUUCUAGGCAACUUCGGCAAACUUCAUCAGAGGACAGUAAAUUUCUGGAAAUAGACAAAUCAAAUUCUGCAUAUGCAGCUCAGCAUGAACACCUUGCCCUUAUUCAGAGACUGUCUCGGUCAGAGAAUGUGCUUUAUGGAGCAAACCUGGAAAACCUUUCUGCUGGGAUGAUGAGCAAAUCUUGUGAUAACCUCAGUGUGGAAACCAACAACAGGACUAGAGACAAAAGCAAUCUUGGCAGAUCUGUAUCAGGGCUAUCCCAGUCAGAAAUGCACAUCAAUUCAAAUGGAAAGCAAAGGAGUUAUGACUUCCUCUCAAUCCAUUCAACUCAGAACACAAUCAGUGCACCUGGAUCACCAGCCAUGCAAAAGGAAGUUUUGCUAAGUGGUCUAGAAAGAGAAAUCAUUUGUGUCAGCCUAAAACGUGACCCUAAGAAUGGAUUUGGUUUUGUAAUUAUUGGAGGAGAAAAUGUAGGAAAAUUAGACCUUGGUAUCUUUAUCGCUUCAAUUAUCCCUGGGGGACCUGCAGACAGAGCUGGAAACAUCAAACCAGGAGGACGACUCAUCUCUGUGAAUAAUAUCAGUCUUGAGGGUGUUUCAUUUAAUACUGCAGUUAAAAUCAUACAGAAUUCUCCUGAUGAAGUGGAGCUUAUCAUCUCUCAACCCAAAGACGUGUAUGAAGAAGGAUUAAAUGAAGACAAGAAUCUAUCAAGAGGAAACAGCACUAGUGGAUCUGAAAUCUCCUGUGUAGACAGUGGGAGAAAAAAGAUUCAGGAUUGUCAUACAGCUCUCCUCAAAGAACAGGACACAAAUAUAGAUGAACUUGAGAAGACUCUCUCUUGGAAUUCAGCAUCAAAAUCGGGCCCUAGGAUUCCAGUUCCUUCAGCUGAUAGCCUGGAUGUAGAGGCAGCUGAUUCUUCCCACUUAGCAUCUUCAUCAGAAACCAACUCAAAGGAAAUCUACACAGUGGAACUUGUUAAAGAAGAUGGGACUUUUGGAAUCAGUGUGACUGGUGGAAUUAACACCAGUGUGCGUCAUGGUGGGAUAUAUGUGAAGUCAAUUAUUCCCAGGGGACCAGCAGAUAAGGAUGGACAAAUAAAGAUAGGUGAUCGUCUGCUGGAAGUAGAUGGCAUCAGCCUCUGUGGCAUCACCCACAAACAAGCUGUGGAACACCUUAAGAAAUCUGGCCAGAUUGCCAAACUGGUUCUAGAAAGGGGAAACUACCAACUGGCAGAGCCAUGUUUGACUGCUAAUGACAGAAAGGAGGACCAAUGUGCAGUUGUUUCUGUGGCAACAUCCCUCACAGAUGGUACCAAGGACUGCUGCUUUUUGACAGAUGAUAACACAUUUGAAGUGAAAUUAACCAAGAACUCUGGAGGCCUUGGAUUUAGUGUUCUGCAGAUGGAAGGAGAUUCUUGUGAACACCUUGGAGGAGCUAUUGUCAGGAUCAAAAGACUGUUUCCAGGGCAGCCAGCUGAAGAGAAUGGAGAAAUUGAAGUUGGAGAUGUCAUUUUAAAUGUGAAUGGGAAACCUCUCAAAGGGCUCCUGUAUCAGGAUGUCCUGCAUUUGCUUAGAGGAGCUCCUCGAGAAGUUACACUACUACUUUGCAGACCACCAAAAGGUGUUCUUCCAGAAAUAGAGCAGAUUGCUUUGACUCCAGCACCAUCUCCAAUUAAGGACUUCGUGGCAGAAAUGCCAGGCAACAGAGAGGCAGGAAACAGUAUGGAUCAAUCCACCAGUGACGAAGGUAGCACCUCUCCAGACCUCGAAGAUUGCCUCGAUUCUCCAGUGGGAGAAGAUUUCAGUGAGCCUCCUGAGGAUGACAGCUCAGCUUACGAUGAGCAGGAAGCUGAGUUUCAAGAGAAACCCAUACAGAAACUCCCAGCUUCCAGAGAGAGUUUCUAUAAGCAUCUUUGGAAGAUUCAUCAAGAAGCUUCCAGUUCUGAAGUCUUCCACUCUCUGGAGGAGGAAGUGAAGCAGAACUGCUACUCACCAUGUGAAUUUGGACAGGUCAAAAGCCGCGUAUUUAAUAAGAGUCAUGAUGACCAAUCGAACACAAAAUGUAUGCCUGAAACUCUCUCUCUAACCCCUAUUGAUGAAGAGUAUCUCACUGUCAGCUCAAUGCCUGUGACCCUACUUCCACGAGGAGGAAGCUCUGAGACAGUCUCUGCAACCACUGCGACCCCACAGCCAUCAUCAUCAUCCCUGCCUGACAGAGAGACACAUGACAGUGACAAUGAAUGGGAAGACUUGGAGGAACCAGAGGAAGAGAAGGAAGAAAAUGAAGAUUGCACUCAGGAAAUGGAGAUCUUUGUGACUUUGACAAAGUCAGAGAACAACGGUUAUGGAUUCUCUGUAGUUCUUAACAAAAUGGACACCUGCCUGUACGUUGAUGAAAUCUUGAAUGAUCCUGCCCUUUCUGAUGGAAGAUUGAGAAGGGGAGACAGAAUCAUUAUGGUGAAUGGAACUGAUGUCACAUCUUUACCAUGCAAUGAAGUCCUGACUUUACUGCAAAGUUCUCCUCCAGAUCUGCACCUUGUGGUUGGUCGUGCUGACAGUGACCCACGUCCCCCAGUUAGGCCAGAUGAGAUUCCUGAAAUUACUCUCACAAAGGGUGCCGAUGGACAGCUAGGCUUGAAGCUGACAGGAGGAGCUGGAAGCAAGUUACAAGGUAUUUAUGUGCUAGAGAUAGUGCCUGGCUCUCCUGCCAGUGUGGAAGGCAGUUUGCAGCCACGAGAUCAGAUUGUUUACAUCUGUGGACUGUGCACUGAGGGCAUUAGCCUGGAUGAUGCAGUGAGAGUGUGUGAAGCUGCCACCCAGAAUGUUCAAAUCAAAGCCACCAGAAAUGGCAAUCCAGUGGUUCCUAUAGAACAGGAAAAUAAGAAACAUUUGGAGGACACAAACUGUGAUGCUCAGCAGAACGCUCCCGAUUCUCCAGAAUGUAAAGACUUCAUUAUUAAGAUUGAGUUAGAAAAGGCAGAAAAUGGAAACCUAGGAUUUGCACUGGUAGGUGGAAAAAAUGGCAGGGCUAUCCUAAUAAAAGCCAUCAGCCCGGAGAGCAGUGCAGAUCUAGAUGGAAGACUUCAAGUUGGUGACAUCUUACUUAAGGUGAAUGAGACUUUUGUGUCUGGUCUGCCACGCCAAACAGUUACAGAUUUGCUGCGCAAGGCUCAAGGCACUGUUCAACUCACUGUCUGCCGAAGCGUGGCUUUGCACUGGGCUUAUUCAGGCAACCACAGCAACAGAGCUUCCACUCCAAACACAAAAGCAGAGCCUGACAGAACCUUUGCAUCUGGAGAUGAACUGACUCAGUUAAUUAACUUGAAACCAUCACAGAGUGGAAUAGAUCCAAGGACUGACAUAACAGGUCUUAUUCAAGGCCUUCAGCUGCGGAUUGAAAAUCAAGAGGUGCUAAAGGAGUUUAUGGCUUUAGAACAUGUGAAACCAAUAGAUGACUGCAGAAUUGGCAAAGCACCAGAAAACCAAAACAAAAACAGAUACCGAGAUAUCCUUCCAUGUAAGUAUGCACAGAAAUGA